AAUCUUUUGGGAGAAGAACUAACAAACAACAGCAUAAUUUUAGAAAUUGUACCUAGAGAGUAGAUCUAGAUCUAGAUCUAGAACCUAAUCUUCAAACAUAAAAAAAUAUUUAAAACAUAGGCCUAUUUAGUUUUGUUUUUUAAAAGAUAACCUAAUGUAGAUCUAGAUCUAGCUCUUCGUUUUCACAAACGAGAUUGUGUUUAGUCAGCGAUACAAGGCAGCAGAAGAGGGUGGGGGUAGCGCUCUCACUAUCAGACUCAGAGAGACUCCGUCCGUAGAACUGUUUACUGACUGAAACCUCAUUUUUUGCUGCAAUCCAGAUGCUCAACAAAUUUCCAUAAUGUUUACUAUAAAACAUAUAAGAGUACGUCAUGCCACAGUUAUUACAGUGACUAUGCUGCAAUGUCAGUUUAGUUGUUUAACAAAACCCUACAAUAAAAGGUUCUUAAAGUUGUCAUUUGGUCUACUAAAAGAUGGUCAGAUUAUUUCUCCUUUCACACGAAAUGGUAAUAAUUCAAGUGGAAAUUCAUUUUCUAAACUACAUGGCAGUGCUAAUUUUGAAUCAUCAAAAUUAAUUUCUACACCUUCAAAAGUUGGCUCUCCAAGUGAACAGUUAACUUCAGGGUCACGUAUACUAACCCCUGAGCUACCAGGGUUAAUAAACAAUUCCCCAAUACAGCCCAAUCCCAAAUCUCUUAGCCAAGAUGGGCGUAGAGAAGUGUCAUCAACAGCAAGUGAAACAGAUAAUCCUAAAGAGAAAGUGCAAACACAUACUCUUAGAACAAUUCUGGAUUCUAGUGCUGGUAAUCCCCAUGAUGACAUUUCAUUACUUUCAUCAAGACGUGUUGACCCUUCCACUGUUCGACAAGUUUACUAUUUUGACACUCUAGCAUUUGCCAAACGGCUGGAAUCAAAGGGUUUUACAAGAGAACAAGCUGAAGGAUGUGCAGAAUGCUUAGUAGAGAUAAUUAGUACAACACUAGAUCACCAAGGUAGACAUAUGGUAUCUAAACCACAACAGGAAAUUGCAGUUCAGCAACUCAUGUCUGAAAUUGUAUCCGUUAAAAAAGACAUGACACUUUUACAGAAAAGUGAAUUCUCAUCACUGAAAACCGAAACUGAGAAAAUGAGCAUUGAGCUGUCUCAAGUGCAAGGUCACAUAAAGGAUGAAAUUGUCAAAUUAAAAGGACAAUUUAGUCUUGAUAUCAACUUAGAAAGGGGUAGAGCAAUUGAAGCUCAUGCAGAAAAUGAAAAAAAACUUCAACAGCUGCACAACAAAAUAGAGACAGAAAUUGCUAAUCUUAAGACAAUUUAUGAGGUGUAUCGCAAUGAUGUUUUCAAAUAUGCCGGAGGCACAGUGAUAGCAGUAGGAGGUCUUAUUCUUGGAGUCUUGAGGUUGUGGCACUAAACACCAAACUGUGGGUUCCCAUCAGAGCAAGUAUAGUAUAAACAGACCAAGUCAGAGUUCACUCAGGAGCUCUACAGAACAAGUUUAGUUAGGUCCCAUGUCAAGCUUUUUGUGUCAUUGAGAUUUUAAAACAUUUAUCUUCACUUUCAUUUUGUGGCACUUUAUAUAGACUUAAUGUAAGUAAAUGUAAUUCUUUAAUCACAUAAUUUAAAGAUACAUUUUAUUGCUGCUUAUUUUUAUAGUAAAUGAAAUAAAUAUGAUGUAAUUUUAAAAUAGCACCCAGUAAUUGAUAUUGCCAAUCUUAUUAUUAAAAUAAAUAAUCUAUUUAAUCAUACUUUCAUUUACAAUUUUGCUACAAUUUUUUGAAAAUGUCAAAUAUUGACGUUCUUUGAUAGGAAUUUUUUUAUAUGGAGAAACAAAAAUUUGGUAAUUGGUAUGGUAACAUCAAGAUAAGUGUAAAUAUAUCAAACUGCUUUUACUGUGUAAAAGAAAACAAGCUUUUGUUUAUUCACAAUUUUGAAGCAAAAUAAAUAAUCUGUUGAAGAAUGUCUUGCGUGCUGCAUAUAUUUGAAACAUGCUAUAAAUAAGGAAAGUUUUUUAAUUGUAUGUGUUCUAUUUUGAAAACACAAGUAUCAUAUGAGCAUGCAUGUGUAGACCAUGUAAAAGCUUAAUCAUGUGUCUGAGAAAAUAGUUGACUGUAUUCUUUU